UUUGACAUUUCGGUUUACCUAUUUCGAAGCGUUAGCGAAAAUGUUUCACAGAAUUUAAUAAAUUUGUAAAAUAAUAAAUAAAAUAACAUCGAGUUGGACGACACUAUAGCUAACCAACAGUUAAUCUAUACGGACAAACGCUGGAAGAUAUAUUUUUUUAUAGGAAUACUGUUUUAUAUUAUGACAAGGUCUAUUACAAAACAUUUGUUUAGAUGUAUAGGAAAUUUUGUCUAUUAUUAAAUUGUAUGUGGCUGGGAAGCAACCUAUCGAUGGUGUUACAUUUUGUAUCUGAAUUUGUAGUGUUUUUGAAGCUGAAAUGGUUCGAGUUGCAAGUUUGAUGGCUCUCCAAGAGGGUGUGAAAACUCCUCACAGAAUAGAGCUCUGUGAAGCCAAACCAGUGAGAGCGACCAGGGGUUACAGAAAACGCAGGUUAUUACCUGAUGUUCCAGUCAAGACGGAAAAUGAGGAACUGAUUAGAAAAUCACCAAAAAAGAAAAAGGAAACAAAAUCAAAACCUUUAAAAACUUGCAACGGUGGCUACACAAACAUGACUAAUGGGAAUACAGUGAAAUCUAGAGCAGCUAAGGCUGCAGCUCGUCAAUCUGAAAGUCACAAACUAACUGAAUAUUUUAAAGAGGAACUGAAGAGUCCAAAAGCUGAGCAAGUACCCGUUCCAUUGAAAUUAGAGAAACCUAUAAAAACAGAACCAAAAAAUGUAAAUGGCAAUAACCACAAAUUGACUGAAUAUUUCCCUGUUAGAAGAAGUGUACGAAAGACUUCUAAAUGUGUUAUGGCAGAGAAAAUGAGAGACUUAGAGAGAGCUGUGAGGGAGCAAAAAGAAGAUGGUCUUGAGGUAGCCUAUUUUGAGGGCAAAGGCCGUGGUGUCAUAGCAACAAAGCCAUUCUGCCGGGGACAGUUUGUUGUGGAGUAUGCUGGGGAAUUGGUUGGAGUUGCAGAAGCUCGUGAGAGAGAACAUAAAUAUGCACAAGACCCAAAUGCUGGCUGUUAUAUGUAUUAUUUCAGACUUCAGGAUCAACAAUACUGUAUCGAUGCAACGGCCGAGUCAGGUCGUCUGGGCCGUCUGGUGAACCACUCCCGCAACGGCAACCUGUCGACCAAGGCUCUGUGGGUUGACGGGCCGCGGCUGGUGCUGCUGGCGGCGACGGACGUGGCCGCCGGCGACGAGCUGACGUAUGACUACGGCGACCGCAGCCGUGAGUCGCUGCGGCACCACCCGUGGCUCGCGCUAUGACCUGGGAAUAAGACCAGAAAUCUCAGUUGGACUACAAAUUAUUAUUAUUAGACAAGUAAAUUAAUUUAAUAUUAGUUAUUAUGAAGUUUGAUUAUGACUGUUUUGAUUUAGGUUAUAUGUUAGUUUAGUGACAAUGGCCUUAAUAUGAGAUUCACGAUUUGGGCACGAGUUAAUAAGUAUUCAUAGACUGUUAUUAUUAUAGCAUUCUAAGUGCCAGUAGACAUGUGGUAUGGAAUAUGGAUUCAAAAUCUUUGGGAUUGUAAGGCUAACUCGAAUUGUAGAUUUUGAACAUGUUUUUACAAAAUAGUUGCACUGACUUCAUAACAUGAAUAAUAUUGUUAUAACACAUUCACAUAAAGUAGGGGAAGGAGGGAAAUAUGAAUACAUACUUUACAAUUUCUUAUGGUAUGUAAGUAUACUGUUGACCUCUCGUAAA